AUGUACAAUCCAUACCAGCAACCCAGCUACGGCGCCCCGCAGCAGCCACAGCAGACCGGAUAUGGGUUCAAUGCAACUGGCGGAAACGCGAUGCCGCAACUGCAAUUCCAAUCGACUGGAUAUUACCAGCAGCAGCCCACGUACCAGCAACCGGGGUUUCAACCUCAACAAACCGGCUUUCAACCGCAGGCAACCGGGUAUCUGGUGCCGCAAACCUCAUACCAGACAGGGUUUCAAGUGCAGCAAACCGGUUUCCAGCCCCAACAAACCGGAUUUCAGCAACAAUCGGCGGAAACGAAUACCGAAUUGAAGAUCCCCAAUAUACGACUUUCAUUCAUCACCGCUUCCGACCAGUCGAAAUUCGAGCACUUAUUCCGGACCGCCGUACGGAAAGGUGAAACGGCGAUUUCUGGCGAUGCAGCUAGGGACAUUCUACUUCGAUCCGGUUUACCACCGGUAACAUUGGCGGAAAUUUGGUCACUUUCCGAUACCAAUAAAUCCGGUUCACUUUUAUUCCCGGAAUUCGCCCUUAGUUUGCAUUUAUGCAACUUGGCAUUGAAAUCCGAACCACUUCCCUCGGUAUUACCGGAAAAAUGGUCCAAUGAGGUGCAAAGUUUCGUUGAUGCCAUCAGUUUUUCGGUGCCCGAGGAUCCUUCCAAGAUCUUGGCCAACACCCCAUUUGCCAGCUUGGGAACCGAGGAAAAGACGUCGUGGAUGGACGCUCCAGCUGCACCUUCGACUUCAUUCCAGCCGCAGCUCACCGGAUUUCAACCACCGCAGAUGCCUGCGCAAAGAACCGGUGGUCAGAUUACAGCUCAGAGAACCGGUGGUGGGUCGCUCAUUCCACUUCAGCCGCAGCAGACUGCCGGAUUAGUUCCGGCCGGACUUCAGCGGCAAAAUACGGGGUAUCAGCCGCCGCAACCUCUCCAGCUGCAAAACACCGGGUUUCAGUCGUCAGUUGGCCGCCAAAAUACCGGAUAUCAGCCACCGCUCCAACAGCAAGGAACCGGAUAUCAGCCACUCAAACAGCAAAAUACCGGAUAUCAACCCCCAUUGCAGCAGCAAGGAACCGGGUAUCAACCUCCAUUGCAGCAGCAAGGAACCGGAUAUCAACCUCCAUUGCAGCAACAAGGGACCGGAUAUCAGCCACUACAGCUGCAAGGAACAGGGUUUCAGCUGCAAGGAACGAUUCAGCCGCAAGGAACCGGGUUUCAACCACAAUCAACUGGGUUUCAGCCGCAACCAACCGGCCUUCUGCUGCAGCCUACAGGCAAACCCGGACAAUGGGGGUUUGUUUCCACGCCUACAGGCGGCAUUCCGGGGCUUUCUGCAAUGGAACAACAUUUUCUUCCGAACACUCAAUUAUCGUCCAAUAACCUUCAAAAUGCUAUGGGAGGUUCGCUCAAAACUAACGUAACGUGGGCCAUAACCAAACAGGAGAAACUGAUCUACGAUGGCAUUUUCCAGGCGUGGGAUAAACUGCGCCAAGGGUUUAUUGACGGAGAAACAGCCAUAGGCAUUUUUGGCAAGUCCGGCUUGGCUCGUCCGGACCUUGAAACUAUCUGGAAUUUGGCAGAUGGAGACAAUAAGGGAAAGCUAAACAAGGACGAGUUCUCGGUGGCCAUGCAUCUUGUUUACAGACGGUUAAAUGGCUUUGAUCUUCCAUUACGGUUACCCCCAGAACUCAUUCCUCCGUCGAAAAAACACAUCCAAGAAUCCAUGGAUUCACUUAAAAAUUCUUUAAGAGGUGGAAACAAUAAGCCCAAGCGCACACAGACGUCCAGCUCGUUGUACAAGCACGACGACGACGACGUGGGGUAUGUUUCGACGGCCAGACACAGAAAAAAGUCGGACUCUUCUUCGGGGUCAGGUUCUGGAACCAUGUCAAUUGAACAGCUUAAGAAAGAGAUCCGGGAGAAAAAGAUUCUUUUGGACGCUAUGGACUCCGAGGACAGAGACUCGUCUGUUUUGAGCCAGCGGGACCGGGAAUGGAACGAACGAGAGAUCGAGUCUCUUAAGUUUCGCAUUUUGCAGGCCCACAAUAAACUUGAAUCCAGUGGAAUUUCGGGGCUGCACGAGGAAAAGGUUCAGCUUCUUGACCGGUUGCGCCAUUUGACCCAAGACAAGAUGCCGAAAUUGAUUUCCAACAUCCAUGUCGUCAAUAACGAAAUUUGCAGUCGCCAAAUGAAAGUUGCAAAAUUGCGGUUGCAAAAAGAACACCCUGAUUGGGCUCCAGAAGCGUCUGACGCAGACAUAGUUGGAACCGGACCCAACGGCGAGGUCACCGACUACGAUAGAAAAAAGUUCAAGUCGAAACAGCUUUUGAAACGAAGAAUGGCGGCACUUUCUGGUGCAAAAACCGGUUCUACCGAUACAGCUGUGGACGACCAGCUCGCCAAGGCAACAGAAGAUGCAAAGAACCUCGGCGACCAGCAAAGAAAGAUGAUUGAGGAAAUCAGUGGCAGCAUCAAGGAUCUCGAAGAUGGGUGUAUUUCUGCGUUACAGUCCACCACUCGCGAAGACAGCUAUGAGAAGUGGGAGAAGGGACAGGGAGUUAGCAGCGAUGUAGCUGCUUUUAUCAGGAGCUUGCCAAAGAGUGAGGGAAGCAAGAAUGGAAGAAAUGAAAAAACUCAGUCUCCGUAUACUCAGCCAACAAAGUCUCAGUCUCAAUCUGCUCAGUCCACUCAGUCUCAGUCCCAGUCUACUCAAUCUGUUCAGACUCAGCCUGCUCAGCCAGCUACUUAUUCGUCAUACCUGAGUCCAGAAGACAGGGCCGCUUACAUCAAGGCUCAAGCAGAAAAACGGAUGAAUGAGAGGCUUGCAAAGUUGGGUAUCACUCGUAGAAAAGAGACAGGUUCCAAGGCACCUGAAGUACCCAAAGAGCCAGUGGAGGCACCUAAGCCCCAAGAGAUUGAAACCCCCAAAGAAACCGAGACUCAAAGAGAAACUAACACAAAGAGUACGUCUCAAACUUCAAAGGCAGAACCACAAAAAGUUUCUGUUCCUCCAGCCAUUCCUUCUUCUUCUCAAGCUCCAGCCAUUCCUUCUCCAGCUAUUCCUCCAGCGCCUGAGGACGACCUGGAGGAUGAAGAGUACGCCGCCUUGAUGAAGCAGAAGCAAGAAAUGGAGGAAAGAAGGCUCCGCAAGAAAAAAGAAAAAGAAGAGAGAUUGGCUCGGUUGAAGAGAGAAAUGGAAGAAAUGAACAAGGAAGAAGACAGCGACGAAGAGCCUGUCACUAGUGUUCCGACUUAUACGAAUGGAAGUGUGAAAUCGUCGACUCAGCCAAUUUCACAAUCUGAAGAAGUUCCCAAAACUGAAGAAGAAAAAUCUGGGGAAUCUGAACAAACUGCUUCCAAACCUGAAGCUACUCCAACUGAACAAGCUCCAAAACCGGAUUUAGUUCUGACUUCCGCUCAAAGCAAGGCAAACCCAUUUUCCAAGAACAAUAAUCCAUUCUUCAAGCCCACCCAAACACCCACUAUUGAUCCUAAGAAGGCAGCUGCUCAGCGGGACUCUCAGAGAGGACUUGGAUCUGACGACUGGAGCGAUUCCGACGACAAUUCGAGUGACGACGACGGUCCAAAUCGAGCUGGUGCUGCUAGGCUCGCAAGCAUGUUGUUUGGGGGAAUGGCUCCUCCACCAAGAGCCCCCACGAUUGAAAAGGAGGAAACCGGGUCUAAAGAAACCGCGGAGGUUCCCCCACCUACGGAGGUUGCCCCACCCCCGGUUCCAGCCGCUCCACCCGCAAGUGUUCCUCCACCUAUUUCAGCAGCCUCCUCUAAAGAAACCGAUUCCGAUGAUGAGUGGGGGACUCCACUGGCUGAAGCUGCCAAUGACCAUGAUGACUUUGACUUUGGAAAUAACUUUGAACCAUCAAUGGCUCCUCUGCCUCCUCCAGUGCCUACUCAACACAUUCCGGAACCUGUGACAGAUGUUCCUCCAAUUCCACAGUCGAUUCCUCCACCUCCUCAGUCUUUCGCUGCUACGGUGGAGGAUGCUCCUCCUCCACCCCCAAUUCCUCUGCAAGUUCCUCCUCCACCACCUCCUCCACCUUCGUUAUUCCCCACGGAAUCAUCGAAUGCCCCUCCCGCACCGCCACCACCACCACCUCCUUCUGCCCCACUGGCGGUUCCUCCUCCACCGCCAAUGGCCCCCGCCGCUCCUCCACUGGCUCCCGCUCCAUCGCCUGGCGGUCCUCCAGGAGGUGCGCCAAACAUCGGUGCUCUUUUAGGGCAGAUUACUGGAGGAAAGUCGUUAAAAAAGGUUGAUGAUAGCCAAAAACGUAUUGCUGAUGGCGCAACCGUUGGUCGAGUAGUAGAUUAG